CCUUUCCCCACCCUCCCAACCGGCCCGAGUUGGGGAGUCCCCGACCGUGCUCACCUCUACGCCGGCCACCGCCGCUCUCGUCAUCCGUGUUCCUCCGCCUCCACCUAUUCCGUCCCCGUCACGCGCACCGACCGCGAAUCCUCCGCUGCCGCACCGGCCAUGGCCAAUACGUUGCGGUUGUACCUCACUUGCAUCCGGAACACUCUAGAGGCGGCGAUGUGCCUCCAGAAUUUCCCUUGCCAAGAAGUCGAGAGGCACAACAAGCCAGAGGUGGAGCUCAAGACGAGCCCUGAACUUCUACUGAACCCGGUACUGAUAUGCCGCAAUGAAGCAGAAAAAUGUUUAAUAGAGACUUCAAUCAAUUCAAUACGUAUAAGCAUGAAGGUUAAGCAAGCAGAUGAGUUGGAAAACAUUCUUGCAAAGAAAUUUCUUAGGUUUUUGUCAAUGAGGGCAGAGGCAUUCCAAGUGCUAAGGAGAAAACCGGUUCAGGGUUAUGAUAUCAGUUUUCUGAUAACAAACUACCAUUGCGAGGACAUGCAUAAGCACAAGCUCAUAGAUUUCAUCGUGCAAUUUAUGGAGGACAUCGACAAGGAGAUCAGCGAGUUGAAGCUAUCAGUAAACACUCGUGGCCGGCUCGUGGCGACUGAGUUCUUGAAGCAGUUCAUAUGAUGACUCAACCAUAGUACUAGUCCGGUGCUGCUGCACGUCAUGAUCGCGGCCUGUAACUAUGCCGCUGUUGCUCAGCUGCCUGAUGUUUGUUUCUUCACUCUCAUUUUUUUGUUGAGCGGGAGCUUUUGUAAAUGCGUUGCAGAGGAUGUAUUCUUGUUUAGAUCACCUGAAUACCAGCUGACAGUUGAUCCAUAAGGAAAACUGAAUUUAUUCAUUUGA